AUGAGUUUAAAUUAUAACGGUAUGUAUACAGCAGAUAACAGUUGGGGUAAUAAAGGUUCAGGUGCUGCUGUUGCUUAUGGAGAUAAUACAAAUAUGAAUAAUGGUUAUUGGUCUCAAGAUAGCAAUGUAGCAAAUAAUUUUUAUGGUGAUAAUGGUUUUAAUAAUAGCAAUAAUUAUGACCAAUCACAAAAUUAUAAUAUUAAUAAUAAUAAUAGUAGUAAUAAUAAUUGGAAUCAACAACAACAACUACAACAACCAUCCUAUGCACAAAUCGUAGGUGGUAAUUGGAGUCAAAAUAAUCAACAACAACAGCAACAACAGCAACAACAGCAACAACAAAUUUCACAACCAACUCAACUAUCAACUGGAUCAUCACUAAUUGUCCCUCCCCCAACCUUCAAAAAGAAAAAAUCUCAAGCAACCACAGCAUCAACAACAUUGAAUAAACAACCACAACAAUCAAUUAUACAAAAUACAGGUUCAAUGAAUAAUAUGAAUAAUACUAUUAAUAAUAUGAAUAACAUGAACAUGAAUACUACUACUAAUAAUGGUAAUAAUAUGAGUAAUAUGAAUAAUAAUAUUAAUAAUAAUAAUAGUAUGAAUAAUAUGAAUUAUAAUUUGAAUAAUAUAAAUAGUAGCUGGAACCAACAAUACCAACAGCAACAACAACAACAACAACAACAACAACAACAACAACAACAACAACAACAACAACAACAACAGCAAUAUAAUAAUAAUAAUCAAUAUAACCAAUAUAGUCAACAACCACCACCACCACCACAACAACAAAUCCAACCACCAACACCACAACCAAUUAAAAAAAUCACUACACCAAUUGCACCUCUAACUCCCCCACCACAAACAGCAGCUAAAAAAGAAAAACCAUCCAAAAGUUUAACAUCUUAUGUACAAAGAGCUUUUAAAGCAGCAGAGUCUCAAGAACAAUUAAAAGAAAUGCAAGCAUUAAUUAAAGAAAAAAUUAGUAAAGGUCAUUCAAAUAUCGAUUGGGAUAAUGAACCAUUACCAACAUUAAUUAAAACGGUAAAUAUAAAAAGUAAUGAAAAAAUUUGGCAAGAAGAUAUGGUUCCACUUUCAUUAAAAAAUAAAAAUAAUAAUAAUAAUAAUAUUAAUAGUAAACAAGAUAAAAAAAGAAAAGCAAAUGCACAAUCAACAGUUUUUGAUUCACCAAAUAGUCAAAAUAAAAGGUUACAAAGAUUUGGAGGUAAUAGUAAUUGUCAGUAUGCUCCAGGUACUGGUAGUUAUUCAAUUGAAAAAUUUGGACAAGGUAAAGAUUUACCACCAUUCGAUAGUAGUACAGAAUUGGAUUGGGACACAUUGACAAUCAAAGGUACAUGUACAGAUUUAGAGAAACCAUACCUUAGAUUGACAUCAGCACCAGAUCCAUCAACUGUAAGACCAGAGGAAGUUUUGAAAAAGACAUUGGUAUUCUUAAAAAAGAAAUGGUUAGAGAAAGAGGAUUACAUCUAUACUUGUGAACAAUUUAGAAGUAUUAGACAAGAUCUCACCGUACAAAGAAUAAAAAAUCGUUUCACCGUUGAAGUCUAUGAAACUCAUGCUCGUCUUGCAUUGGAGAAUCAAGACUUGGGUCAAUUUAAUCAAUGUCAAACUCAAUUGUUCCAACUCUACAAACAGCCAGGUCUUGCCUCAUCAAGUAUGAGUGAAUUCUAUGCCUAUCGUCUAUUGUAUAACAUCUACCAAGACAACAGUACCGAUAUCACUAAAACCCUCACCGACAUUGAUAAGGAUAAGUCGGGUGUUGGAAAGUUUGCCCAUGUUCAACAUGCACUCAAAGUUAGAACCGCCAUUUACAAUAACAACUAUUGCUCCUACUUUAGACUUUGCAAAGAUCCACCCAAUAUGGCCAUAUAUUUGUUGGAUAAGAUCACACCACGUAUACGUGUUCAAGCAUUAAGAAUGGUUUUGAAAGCCUAUCGUCCAAACAUUUUAAUCUCUCAAAUUAUGGAAUUAGGUUUCAAAAAUGAAAAAGAGGCUCAAGAGUUUGUUGACAAAAACAAAUUAAUUUGGAUCAAUCCAAAACUUAAAAAAGAAAUUGAUGCAAAAGCCUCCUCUUCAAUUCCUAUUGAAAUGCCAGUCGCUGUUGUUCAUGCUGUUGAUGGUCGUUGGUAA